AUGGGCCACCUUUAUAGCCAUAAACAUUCAGGCCCAGUGCCCCUCAAGAAAGAAAACCGCUCAUCCUCCUCCUCGGGCUGCUCGGAGCGAGGUGAGUCUCUCCAUUUCGAGCUCUACCACCACCCGCAUCGGCAUCUCAACCCCGAGCGCCUCCUCCUCUGCGCCUCGUCCCCGCGAGACGCGACGUCCCCGUCGUCGUCUGGUUGCGUGCUUUGCACGGAAGGCGCGGCUGGAUUUACUCGUCCCAGCGCAACCCAGCAACUGACUUCUUGUCUCCGCUGCAGUGAGGCGGUGGAGCCGCAUGGACACGAAGAUGCCUGGGUUCGUAUCGGGAGGUUCAUGCUUAGGGUGCUGACCGUACUGGAGUGGUGUUGCGUUCCCACCUGGCACAUACUGGCGUGUCUUUACUUCGUGCAUAUCUGGGGUUCGGAUUCCAUUUGCAUCGGCCUCGGGGGCAUGCUCCAGUGGCUUGUGGGGGCAACACCAUUCGUCUCGCUUUUCAUCGUACUGUUCACCUUCCUAUUCAAGGAGUUCGGCUACAGACGGGCAUGAGUGAGGUUGCUCCACGCUUUCGCGUUGAGUGUCUUAUUUUCGUGGCUGUUCAUCUGCUACUGAGAGUAUUAUCUUAUGUAUCUUCGAGCAUUUAGAAAGUCCUAUGUAUGUCAACUCUGGCAGACGAUGAUUGCCGCACUGGCUUAUUUAUGUAUCUAAGACUAUUGAGACUGCAUUUGCAGAGCAGUGCUUAAUGCUUUCAUGACUGAAAUUUAUUGUGUCCAUUUUACUA